AUGGCUCGUCUCCUAAAUGAGGCUUUUCCCAAUCAAGUACUUGCCGUGCUUGAGGGUGGAUAUUUCCCAGAUUGCUACUCGGAAUCAGCCUACAUGUUUACGAGAGGAUUGCAGGGUUUGGACAUUCCUAAAGUUCAUCACGCUGAAAGGGUAAAUGGAUCAAUGACUGAGGUGAUCUGGAACAACAUUGUGCAUCAUGCACCUAGAUGGAAAUGUCUUCAAGAAUCGUUGGAAAAGCUACAAACACAACAGAGAAAACUGGGAUUAGAGGAGUAUGCUUCGGAUAACUCGCUUUAUUUGGGGCACGAAGUGAAACAGUUCUGGAACAAGGUGGUGUCAGCUGGGAUUUGCCGUACUCGGGAAUGGUUCCCUCCAUUGAAUGCCGAGUUAGCAAAGCUGUGCUCUGAUAAAAUCGAUGAAGUGAGACAGAGCUAUGAAUACUCGAAAGAGAUCAUGGCGCCAACUGAAGAUCAGCUUUUAAAGCAGUUGGUAUGGGAUGGAAAAGCAAAACUCGAAUGUCACACAAAGUCACUACCAUCAUUGGAGUUCUGGACCGAGGAAUACCUUUCGUUCAAAGAAAGUCGAAAGAAUCACAUGAUGGUCUGUGAUUGGGAUCUUGUUCGCGAAAAGGGGCUACAAUUAUUCGACUCAAUU